AUGCUCAUCCCAACGCGCUACUACGCUCUUUUACUCUUCGUCCUGCAGUUUUCAGCGCACUACUUAUACGAUGUCUGGCGUGAAGGGCAUGUCAGCCACAUCUCGCUCUCGCAACUCGGCGAAAAGUGGAACGCACUCCACAAGUCGGGAUGGAGAAAUCAAGAUUUCCGGAACACAUCAUACAGUGAUUCUCAUAUGCAUGAAGCCGCCGAGUUUCCAGAUCCUCGCGAGCCUGAACCAAUCAAACUGAGCGACCUCGCCAAAGCGCACAGUGGCCAUGGCCCUCAUGAUGGACCACAUCGAAAGGCGAACGCCACGUUUGUGAUCCUUGUGAGGAAUAGCGAGCUAAAAGACAUUAUCGAGUCACUCAAGCAGCUUGAGGACCGGUUCAAUCGCCAGUUUCAUUAUCCAUAUGUGUUUCUAAACGAGCAGCCGUUCUCGGAUGAAUUCAAAAGAUGGACCAGCGAAAUCAUCUCUGCUCCAGCCUACUAUGGGCUCAUCCCCCCUGAGCAUUGGUACCAGCCGAGCCAUAUCGAUGAGAGUCGCGCGGCACAUUUUCGGCAGCUCCUCGUAGACGAGGACAUUAUCUACGGAGGUUCCGUCUCGUAUCGAAACAUGUGUCGGUUCAACUCUGGCUUCUUCUAUCGGCACCCACUUAUGCAACAGUUCCAGUACUACUGGCGCGUCGAACCAGGAGUAAAGUUCUUCUGCGACAUAGAUUUUGACCCGUUCUUGUAUAUGCAAGACCAUAACAAGACGUAUGCAUUCACUAUAUCGAUGUACGAAUACGAACGGACGAUCUCGAGUCUUUGGGCCGUCACCCAAGCAUUUAUGAAGCAACAUCCAGAGUACCUUCCAGAGGACAAUGCAAUGGAGUUCAUCUCCGAUGACGAAGGGAAGACAUACAACCUCUGCCACUUCUGGAGCAACUUUGAGAUUGCAGAUAUGUCACUUUGGAGGGGUGAAGCCUAUUCGAAAUACUUUGAGUUCCUGGAUACAGCUGGAGGGUUCUAUUAUGAGCGGUGGGGAGACGCACCGGUUCACACUCUCGGUGCUGCCCUGUUCUCGCGCAAGGACCAGAUACAUUUCUUCCGCGAGAUAGGCUAUCGACAUGAUCCUUUCCAGCACUGUCCUCAGGGGAUCUUCACCGACUUGGAAAGUGUUGGUGCGAGGAGAAGGAUAACUUUGACCACGAGGGUUACUCGUGCACGUAUCGAUACGAGCAAAGGACCAAUAAUUAUUAAAUCGUUGCGUUUCUACUCACCUGGCCCUCAACUUCCUCCUGGAUGGACACCGGCCUCGCUCAGCCGUGCGCAAGAGUGGAUAAGAAGUUUUCAGAGAAGCAGAGAGAUUGAUAAGAAGCUGGUAGAAGUCAGCUUCUCGAGAAGUAGUGGUCCCGGAGGACAGCAUGUGAACAAAACAAAUUCAAAAGCUACCGUGAAGCUACCUGUCCAGUCGAGUCUAAUUCCAGACUGGAUCCGAGGUCGAAUGCGGUCCUUGCCAUUUUACGUUGCAUCUUCGGAUGCACUUCAAGUUUCAUCAAUGACGCACCGUGAACAAAUCAAAAACUUGGACGAGUGCCUUAAAAAGGCAUGUGUUCCUCUCACCAUUCUGAACAUUGCGAUGGAGACGAUACCCAAGCCCCCAUCUGAAGAGCAGCAGAAGCGAGUCCAAAGCCUAGAACGGAAGGAAAGCGCUGCUAGGCGAGUCGAGAAGGCGAAGCGCACUGCAAUCAAACGAGAAAGGAGUAGAAAAUGGGACGAUUGA